AACCUUUACCAUCAGGCAGGAUGCUUUGCUUUGCUGAAACUUGUACUUGGCAACACAGGAUUCCUCUAAUAUGGAUCCAGGAGAAUGUCCAAAGGACUGGGAAAAUGAGGGUUUCCAGGAAGGUGUGCAGGCAGGUCUAGCUGCCUCUCCUGGACCUCGAGAUUGCAGACACAGAAGUCUCCCCCAUGGCUUCUUAUCACAUCCGCAAAUACCAGGAGAGUGACAACGACAGUGUUCUGGCCUUAUUCUCCAGUGGGAUGACUGAGCACAUCCCUGCUACAUUCCGCCACAUGUUGAUGCUGCCCCGAACGCUCUUGUUCUUACUUGGAGUGCCCCUCACUUUACUGCUAGUCACUAGCUCCUGGCUCCUGACCAUAAUGUCCAGCUUUACCCUACUUAUUUUCCUGAGGCUGCUUGCUACUUUUCCCUGGAAGGUUCAUGAAGCUCUAUGUUUGCGCACAGACCUGGCUGACAUCACCAAGAACUACAUGAGUUCAUGUGGCUCCUGCUACUGGGUGGCUGAGUUUGAGGGACAGGUGGUGGGCACAGUGAGUGCUCUCCCAGUAGCAGACCCUCCCUUAGGGAAGAAACAAUUGCAGCUGCUACACCUCUCAGUGGCCAAGGAGCACCGCGGUAAGGGGAUCGCAAAAGCCCUUGUCAGGACUCUCAUCCAGUUUGCCCGGGUUCAGGGCUACAAUGAAGUUUUCAUUGAGACUACCACAAUGCAUUACAGUGCCCUGGCACUCUACCAGGCUAUGGGCUUCCAGAAGAAAAGCCAGAUUUACUACAGCAUGAUUUGGAGGAUACUGGAUAUUCCUAAAGUUGAUUUAAUGUACCACCUUCCUUCUGCUCAGGAAGAGGGACUGUGAUCUAUUUCCCUGUGUAUCAGUAAGAAUCUGGACCUGUCUUCUCUAGUAACAACCAACCCCUGAUAUUUAAGUGGUAUAAACAAUAAAAGCUCAUUGUUCUUGCA